CUCUACAAACCUGAUGGAUAACACUGACUUUACAAAGCACAGACUCUCGUUUCAAAACCAAACUGAUUAAACCAUAAACCAUAAUUAAUGGUGCAAUGAUUGAGUCCAACGUGAGUCUGAGUUGCGCGUGGUGCGCUGGAGGAGAUGACGGGAGCAGCGCGCACUCGGAUGAGAAUCACAUAGAGCACAAUCUGAGUCCGACCGGACACUUGGUGGUCGCCGUGUGCCUUGGAUUCAUCGGAACUUUCGGGUUUCUCAACAACACGCUCGUUCUCGUCCUGUUCUGUCGCUACAAGAUGCUGCGCUCGCCCAUGAACUAUCUUCUGAUGAGCAUCUCAGUGAGUGAUCUGCUGGUGUGCGUCCUCGGCACCCCGUUCAGCUUCGCCGCCAGCACGCAGGGCCGGUGGCUCAUCGGACGCGCGGGAUGCGUGUGGUAUGGCUUUAUCAAUUCAUUCCUCGGCGUCGUGUCUCUAAUCUCUCUGGCGGUGCUCUCAUACGAGCGCUACUGCACCAUGAUGGGGGCUACGCAGGCCGACUCUACCAAUUACAGAAAGGUGGCCAUGGGUGUUGCCUUUGCCUGGAUAUAUUCCAUUAUUUGGACUCUUCCACCACUGUUUGGAUGGAGCUGCUAUGGUCCGGAGGGCCCUGGUACCACCUGCAGCGUCAACUGGGCCGCCAGGACAGCCAACAAUGUGUCUUACAUCAUCUGUCUAUUUAUCUUCUGCCUUAUUCUCCCUUUUAUGGUGAUUGUCUACAGCUAUGGCAGACUCCUUCAGGUUAUCACACAGAUGAGCAGGAUCAAUACAGCAGUGAGCCGUAAGCGGGAGCAGCGUGUUCUCUUCAUGGUGGUCACCAUGGUGGUGUGUUACCUGCUGUGCUGGCUGCCCUAUGGGAUCAUGGCCCUGCUUGCCACAUUCGGGCGUCCCGGCCUGGUCACACCAGCAGCCAGCAUCGUUCCUUCUCUGUUAGCCAAGAGCAGCACUGUCUUAAACCCUGUCAUCUACAUCUUCAUGAACAAACAGUUUUGCAGAUGUUUCCAUGCGCUCGUCAUGUGCACCACCCCAGUGAGAGGCUCCAGCUUUAAAAUCUCCUCCAAAGUCACCAAAACUCUCAGGACAGUGCGACGUGCCAACGGCCAGAAUGUGACCUUCGCGGUGGCCUCAGCUGGCCAUCCUACUAUCUUUGCUCCUAACAGCGGUGGGCAGAAAAGCUCCUCAGUGGGUGAGAAACCAUCUCCUGCUGCGGGCCAGGGCACCAAUAGACCUGUUGUCUCUCUUGUGGCCUAUUACAAUGAUUGAGCUCAUUGUAAUAAUUAGAGGUUAUAGAGGUCAUGGAUUGCGUAAAAGGAAAGUGGGCGUAUCUUGCAGAGCAAUGUGGAACUAGGACACGCCCCUCACUGAUGAUUAUGUGAUGUUGCAUGCAUGACCUUUCUGGGGAAAAUAAAAUAGUAAUGGAUAUUGAAAGUGGACCGCUGGAAAAAAGGAAUGACACCCCAGAACAAGUUUGAAACAUGCGUAAGGAUCUAAGUAUUAAUUUAGCUUAUGUUUCUUAUGAGUCCAGGAUGUGCUCUCAGAUUUGGGUGAAUGGUCUCUCCCUUUUUUUUUUUUUUUUAUAUUUAUGGGGUACAAUGGAGAGAUGACAGUAAAGUAUUGGAGUGGAGAGAGGGAAGCGGGAUCAGCAAAGGACCUCAAGGCGGAAUUCGAACUUGGGUCGCUGUGAGCACAGUUGCGCUAUAUGUCACACGCUAACCACGAGGCUAUUGGCGCCUACAUAGUAGCUCUCUUGAAAAAGUUUUUUUCCUCAAUAUUUUACUUUGACAAGAACACUUUUGCUACCAGUUUCUUACAGGUUUGGACAACCAGUGUAACUCAGAUUGUUUAAAAUGAUACUUUUGUUACUCUUCUUAAUAAUUCUGUUCAUCGUGUGGACAUGUACAAGUAAUCUAAGCACAUGAGGACCUGUUUGUUAAAGGAAUGGUUGACUCAAAAAAUUGUAAUUUCUUCAUCAGAACAGAUUCAGAGAAAUUUAGCUUUACAUCACUUGCUCACCAGUGGAUCCUCUGCAGUGAAUGGGUGCCGUCAGAAUGAGAGCUGAUAAAAAUGUCACAGAAAUCCACAUGAUUCCAUCAAUUAAUGUCUUAUGAAGUGGAAACCUGUCUAUCUGUAAUAAACAAAUCCAUCAUUGAGAUGUUUUUAACUUCAAAUCAUUGCUUCUGGCUGAACAGCUUAAUUAUAGCCUUGUUUCUUACAAUCACAAAACUUUUGUACAGGUUAAUUGAUGGACUGGAGUCAUGUGGAUUACUUGUGGAUUAUUAUGAUGAAGAAAGAAACUCAUCUACAUCUUAGAUGGCCUGAGUCCAUUUACAGAAAAUGUUCUUUUUUGGGUGAACUAUUCCUUUAUGGAAUAUAUAUUGCUCAAAUUUAAAAGGGUUUUAUUGUUUUCCUUGAUGUUUGAAAUACAGAAGUGUGAUAACUUGCUCCUGGAUCCUAAAAUAAAAUCUGUGAAACAUAAAACCCCAAUACAUUUUGAACAUUCACAUAUCCACUUCAAUAAUUCAUUUUCAUUGUCAAGUAAUUCUGCCCUUGAGGUAUCACUAACAGGAGAGUAAUAUAUGAAGAAUAUCCACCAAACAUUGUGCUUAGCUGUGGUUUAACUUCAUUUUUAUAAUACAGUGUGACCCUGAUCACAUCAGUGAGUUUGUGCAGUUCAUUUCAGCAAGACUUGUUUUAUAAAAACCCUUAAAAUGUUUGAGGGCAUAAAACACAUUUUGAGCAGUAAGAAACCUUGACUAACAACAUUAAUUGAACUCAGGGAAAACUGUGAAAUGUUUCAUAUGACCCCUUUAAUGAUUAAAAUGCAAUAGUCUACAUGAAAUAUAUACUUUUACAAGUAUUUAAAUGUGAGAUCUGAAGUUCUUUUUUAGCUUUCCUUGUAUUGUAACAGAUGUAGCUUAAAACUGCUGAGCAUAUGAGAACAUUCUGAGAAUAGCUCUCCAUAGCCUCACCAAUGUAUUUCCAAGUUUAAAUAAGCAAAUCGUUCAUUGGAAAUACACAAUUUUCUUGGCAUGUAAUGCGAAAUUGGCUGCAGGCACCCAUCCCAUAAAAUCUCUUUAUCGUACUGUAUACACACAGAGAGAAUAAUAAUUAAUUUCUAAAAAGCUUUCAUAAACUAUAACAUAUCAGAAAGCAAUGAUGCCUUGAAGCCAAAACGUGGAACAGAAUCUGUCGACAAUGGAAUUAAUUUCAAUGUAUUAAUUUAUAGUGUUUGUAUGUUUGUUUUUGGUUCAUUUUGUUUUGAUUCUGGUGUAUUGUAAUCAAUAUUUAAGUUGUUUGCCAUCAAAAGGCCAGGCUUCUCAGCGAUGAGCAGAAUGUUGACUCCUCAAGACUUGAAUACUGUGAUUGGCACUGGGUCCCGAGUGGGACUGUGACUGUUUUUACCAGCUGAUCUGUGUUUACUAAUGCAGCAACAUUUACAAUCAAACAACAAAAUUUCUAUUAUGACAUCCUGGUAAAUCACAUAUACUGUAGCUGACACUUUGAAGAGAAUUUGAAUUAUUUUUAAUUUGAAUUAUUAUACAUAUUUUAUGACUUAUCAAAAGCCUUUCUUACUGUGCGUGUUUUGUUUUAGUAUCAUAUUUUUGCUGAUCAAUUUUAAUUUAUAUUUUUGUGCAUAUAUUUAGUACCAUCUUGUUAAGGUAAACAAAAAUAAAUUAAUAAUAAUUAAUGGUCAAAAAUGCAGUUUUAUACUGUUAA